GACUACAGAGCUAGCUCCUCCUCGAUCAUGGCUUCUGGCUCUGUUCCUGACAUCUGGAAGUGGAUCACAAGCCUCCCCAAGCAAUGGAGGGGAGAAAAAUCCUACUCCCUUCAAAUAUGCAAUUCGCCAUCCACAAACGAGUCACUGAACCUCGUAGUCAGCAGGAAACCUGAAGAAGCCCAUCCAAUCAUUUUUUGUUUCUCCGUCUGUGGAGAUACCCAUGACCCCGUCUCGCUCUGGAGCUCCCAUUACUCCAGGCUGAAACCGGCAAAUAACAAUACCACAGACGUUACCGUCCAGUUCUUGCUUGAGAUCAUCUGCGGGGUCCUGAAGUAUGGCCCUUACUCUAGCAGCAGAUCAAUCCUCCGGUUGCCGGAUGUUCCCAUGUCUGAAGAUUCAGGCAGGAUCCUGAGCCUGUCGGUCCUCACGCUGGCGCUCCUGGUCUGCGUCUACGAGGCCCCGUCCCCGCUCCGGCGAGAGUUCAUCGGUGUCAUCAGCCCGCAGCUGGCGCGCGACGAGAUGCGGUGCGCCGCGAGAACGCUGAUGCUGUCCCUGGGGUCCAACCUGGAGGAGCAGUGGAUGCGAUCUCUGAACCUCGGCGUGACCAACUGGGCCAUGGAAGCUCUCCGGUCAGGCGGCGGGGGUGGGCCGCCGGCGCCGGCCCGCUUCGCCGUGUUCUCUUAUGCACUGUCGGCCAGCAGGCUGUGGAAGGUCCAGGUGUACUGUCCGGUGGUGGCCAUGGCCAUGGACCAGUCCUCUCAUCACCUGCAGCAGGCCAAGGACGAGAGGCUGCUCUUCUCGCUCAACUACCAGCAGCUCGAGAGCGUCAUCCAGCUCGUGUACAGGGUCGCCUUCAAGGAGAACUGGAUCGACGUCGCCGUCAACGUCGACAACAUCAGGUGCGACGUGAUCCAGCUGGUGUCAGAGACGCUCAUGGCGAAGCAGGGCUACGGAUCGGACGAGAAGCACUUCCCAUCGCGGAUCUCACUGCAGCUGACUCCAUUACAGCAGUCGGACAUCCUGUCGCUGUCGGUGAGCCGGUCGACGGAGAACCCGGUCCAGGAGGUGGCCACGGACAAGGGCAUCGACACGACGCUGGGCGCGGCGCCGGCGGCGUCUAUCGGCAUCAGCGUGUCGGCGCACGAGACGGUGACGAGGAGCGUGAGGCCGUGGAAGUUCGAGCACUCGGUGCAGGGGAACACGGCGUCGCUCAGCUGGUUCCUCCACGGCGGCGGCGGCGGGGGCCGGGAGGUGUUCUCCAGCGAGCCGCCGAAGCUGGAGCUGUGCCAGCCCAGGUCGUGGUUCAGGAACCGGUACACCAGCCCCAGCAGGCCCUUCACGCGGAGCGGCGGGGUUAUAUUCGCCGGAGAUGAGUACGGGGAAGGGGUUUGCUGGAGGAUGGCGGCGGCGGCGGCUGGGAAGACCCUGGAGUGGGAGAUCAAGGGGAGGGUUUGGGUCACCUACUGGCCCAAUAAGAAGAGGACGCUGCAUACUGAGACUCGGAGGCUACAGUUCAGAGAGCUGCUCCGGCUCACGCUCUGAACCUCUGACUCGGUAUCAUUUGAAGAACGAGUAUGGAUCAGUUAUGGAGAGGGAAAUAAUCACUGGUGCUAGUCUAGGAUACCAGUGUGCGUGUCUGCGACUGUGAAAUAUGAAAUGCAGACCGAAUGAAAUCACAGAGGAAUGUGUUUAUUGGAUACUCUUCCGGCCGGAACUACUCGUUGCUAUUUAGUACAACUUUGUAUGCAACUUUGCAUGUGUGGAUUAAAACUUUGUAUGCCGGAGUAAAAAGGAAAAUUAAGAAAAAAAAUAAUACCGGAGGAACACA